UAUGGAUCGUGCAAAAUUAGUGAAACUCAAUACAGAAGCUCUUAAGAAAAGAGCCGUGCGCGCCGGUUUAUCAGAUCAGAUUAAAAUACCGGUCGACCGCGACGAACUAAUCGAUAUGCUCCUCGCGUGUGAAGACGCAGAGGCUCAUCUCGAUCCCGACGAAGAAGAAUCAAACCCGAUGCAGAAUAUUGUAGAGCAGAGCGGUGCCUCUGCAACCUCGUACAAUCAAAGUGAUAACGCGCCUCCCGUAGAUACAAUCAAACAACUGUUGGCCACCGUAACCGCUGACUUCCUCAAUCGUCAGAGAGAAAUGGAAGAAAGAGAGCAGCGAUUUAUGGAAAGGCAGCAACAACAGUUCGAGCGCCUCGCACAAAUGCUGAUGCAACAGCAUAACACUUCCUCGGCCCGGCAAGCUCUCGACUUAGGACCGGCGGCGGGCCCGGUUUAUCCGACAUCGAUAGGCAAUUCUCCAAGGAAUGCCCAAGCAACCCCGGUAACCUCGAUAGCAACCGUCGCUCCCGUCAAGGUAUCGGCCCUCGUACCGCAAAUACCGGAAUUUGGUGGCACGGAACACGAGAAUGUGAAGGUGUGGGUGCGACGAGUAAACGCAAUAGCGCAAAUACACGCGGCCCCGGACGGAAUAACUCUACUCGCAGCAUCCAGCCGCUUUACGAAAACUGCGAAGAAAUGGUACCAUAGGCAGGAGGGCGAAGUGCUACAGUCCUGGACGGUUCUCCAGCAGCAGUUAAUUAAAGCUUUUGACAACAGAGUAUCAAUGUACGGGGCCAUGCAAAAGAUUGAAGCCCGGAUUUGGAGACCGAACAAAGAAACGUUCGUCGAUUAUGCGAUGGACAAACUAGAGCUUAUGAGCAACCUCGACCUCUCGGUAACCGACUCUAUCAACUUAAUAGCAGGAGGAAUUACUAUUAGUUCGCUCAAGUUCACAGCCCUGUCGAUGAUGGCAGAUUCGGUAGAGGAAUUUAUUGAAAAAAUGAGACCUCUUACGCGAGGCCUCCACGAAUUAGAAAGAAAACCGACGCAGAAGACAAACUCGAAGCCUAAGGAUCCCGACGCUUGCCGAAACUGCGGAAGAAAGGGGCAUUCACACAUGGAAUGCCGAGCGGAAACAACAUGUUUCUACUGCAAAUCCAAGGGGCACCGGCAGUUCGACUGCCCCAGCAAAAGAAGGAAGAACGACACUGUACCGGCCCGAUCCGGAACCCGUCCUGCGACUACGUCCCGGACGUCAGAAGCCUCAGCAGCGGUGAAAGACGAGCCAAUGGAAGCGGAGUCCGUAGCGGCCGUGCGGGAAGCAGCAAUACAGCAUGAAGGUCGUCUCGAAAUCUCCGGCCCGUUGGUGGGCAUCUGUAAGAUAGAAAAUAAUUAUUGUAAUUUAUCCGCACUCGUGGAUACCGGCAGUCCCGUUUCGUUUAUAAACGGGAUAACGUAUAAAAAAUAUCUCGACGCGAAUAGUAAUAAUCUCGACCCCGGUGGAUAA